GCAGGAUUAAGCUUUUACUGUAUCAUUUCUUUUAUAUAGGAGGGAGAACGACGUUUCUUGUGAUUGUUACGGAGAGGCUCUUACUACGAGCAUGAUGCCGUCAGAAAUUUGAUCAUAGCGCUUGAGUUUGUGAACGUUGUCCGCCAAUUAAGAAAAACAAUCAGGCUUAUGAUUAGAGAAACUGGGCAUUUGCGGUUUCAGUUCUGUUCUUUCCAUUUGGGUUCAGGUUUGAGGAGUUCUUCGCUUGUUGCUUUUGAUUCGGUCCAGGUGCUCGCUUCGUAGUGUUCGUUGUCUCUUUGUUAGCAAACAUUGGAGGAGCUGGUCUCCAAGAAGUCCACUGUCCGAAAGAUCGCAGGCACUUUCAAGCGGUUGAAGCGCGCAGUAUUGGAGAACGUGGUGCCUUUUUUUCGGGAAAAUGAAGAGGAGCAGUGGACCUUGGUUUGGUCUCCUGAAAUACAAAAUCCACGUCAUCAGAAACUUAAAAAAUCACGGAGUCGCGGACGCCCAAGCUCACAUGGUGUGCGGAACAAACUGCAGCGUGCUGUGAUGAGGGCAAGGGCAAUCUUUUUGAGAUUUGGGAUCUCAAUUCAGCGCGGCUCUGUGGUGCGCGCGUACGAGGAGUUUCAUUCUUUGUGGCUGGAAGAAUUUGAGCAGAACCGCGUGCCCGGUGUGGGGACGCUCUGCGCAUUGGUGAUAGCUCAUCGGCAGUUGCCCAACAAGGGGGAUGUGACGGAAGCUUGGGCCAGUGAGGCUGAGAAAGUGCUGAAAGAUGCUGCCAAAGAAUGGGUGUUGCCAGCGCAUGAAUUCACCGACGCGGUGCACCGAUUGGGUUCCCUCCCAGUGGAAAAAGUCCUGAAGCUGAUCAACAUGGUUGACGAAGCCCUACUAGCUAUGCGAUAUCUCAAGGACGGCGAUCCAGGAGAUGCACUUGAAACGCUGCUGAAAGGUCCAGUGGAGGACCAUGAAGGAGAUCAGGUACUUGAGGAGCUGCCCGCAGAUAUUCAGGACCAUGAAGAAGAUCAUGUACUUGAGCUGCUACCCGCAAUUAUUCAGGAGGACCAUGAACGAGAUAUACUUGAGCUGCUGCCCACCGUUCCCUCCCGGUGGAGAAGGCACUGAAGUUGAUCAGCAUGGUUGACGAAGCCCUAGCUAUGCGAUAUCUCAAGGAUGAACACCGAGAUACACAUGUGGCCACUUUGGUGGCCGAAUGACAUGAAGCCGUCAAGAUUGCCAAAUUGACACAUCUGCGGUGCCGAUUCUGCCACUGUUUGGCUGAUGAGAAGCCAAAGCAGUGGAGAGCUGAGUUCCCAGUUUGGCUGCUUUGCUGCUGGAUGGAUAUCCCCAAUUAAUUCGAUGAUGCCCCAAGACAUCCCAAAGUCAGGAGUCAGCUUUCUUUUUUUCUCACGUGAGAAAAAAUCAUUACACUUUCCAUCAAGUGUUCGAAAGAUGGACACAUCGAACGAUAGACACAAUACCGAAAUGCCUACUGAGGGCCUACUAGGCUCCUCAAUGCUGUACAACAGAAGCGAUUUGAGCUGGAUUUGCUGGGAUGAACGCUCAAGGCCAUUGAGGUGCCAGUUUUGAAGGCAGCUUGGCCAUGUUGCGUUUCUUCUUGUUCAUCAAGGAUCAAUGCAUCCUUAACCCAGCCAACCACCAUGCGAUUCUAUAUCGAGCGCCGUUUUCUGGCCAUCCUUGAAGCC